CGCGCGGCAGCUGGAACCGCAACUGACUGCGCGCGCCGCCCCCUGUGCAGGGCCGGCUCCGCGCGCUUAUUCCACCCGGAGGAGCUCCUAGGCUUCCCGCCGUCGACUGCCGCUGCAGAAUGCUGCGCUCCACGUCCACCGUCACCCUGCUCUCCGGCGGAGGCGCCAGGGCGUCCGGGUCGCCCAGCAGGAGGGCCAAUGUCUGCAGACUUCGGCUGACCGUACCCCCUGAGAGUCCAGUUUUUGAGCAAAGUGAAAAGAAAAUUGAAAGAAAAGAACAGCAUCCUGACAUCAGCAAUGGAGACGCUACCAGGAAACUUCCUCAGGGUGUCGUUUAUGGUGUGGUACGAAGAUCAGAUCAAAAUCAGCAGAAAGAAAUGGUGGUGUACGGCUGGUCCACCAAUCAGCUGAAGGAAGAAAUGAACUACAUCAAAGAUGUGAGAGCCACUCUGGAAAAAGUAAGGAAGCGAAUGUAUGGAGACUAUGAUGAAAUGAGGCAGAAGAUUCGCCAGCUCACCCAGGAAUUAUCAGUUUCACAGGCCCAGCAGGACUAUCUAGAGAAUCACAUCCAAGCACAGUCAUCAGCCCUGGAUAGUUUCAAUGCCAUGAACUCAACUUUGACUUCGGACUCCAUUGGCCUGCAGAAAACACUCGUAGAUGUUACUUUGGAAAAUAGCAACAUUAAGGAUCAAAUCAGAAAUCUGCAGCGGACGUAUGAGGCAUCCAUGAACAAGCUGCGGGAGAAGCAGAGGCAGCUAGAAGUUACGCAGAUUGAAAACCAGCUGCUGAAAAUGAAGGUGGAAUCAUCCCAAGAAGCUAAUGCUGAGGUGAUGAGAGAGAUGACCAGGAAGCUGUACAGCCAGUAUGAAGAAAAGUUGCAUGAAGAACAGCAGAAGCACAGUGCCGAGAAAGAGGCUCUUCUGGAAGAAACCAAUAGUUUUCUGAAAGCAAUCGAAGAGGCCAAUAAAAAGAUGCAUUUGGCUGAGAUCAGCCUAGAGGAGAAAGACCAGAGGAUUGGGGAGCUGGAUCGGCUGAUCGAGCGCAUGGAAAAGGAGCGUCAUCAAUUGCAACUGCAGCUCCUAGACCAUGAAACAGAAAUGUCAGGAGAAAUCAUUGGUUCUGAUAAGGAAAGGUAUCAGCAGCUGGAGGAGGCAUCUGCCAGUCUCCGUGAACGGAUCCGACACCUAGAUGAUAUGGUGCAUUGCCAACAGAAGAAAGUCAAACAGAUGGUUGAGGAGAUCGAAUCCUUAAAGAAAAAGGUGCAACAGAAGCAGCUCUUAAUACUGCAACUCUUAGAAAAGAUAUCUUUCUUAGAAGGAGAGAAUAAUGAACUCCAAAGCAGAUUGGACUAUUUAAUAGAAACCCAGCCCAAGACUGAAGUGGAAACCAGAGAGAUUGGAGUGGGCUGUGAUCUUCUACCCAGCCCGACAGGAAGAACUCGUGAAAUUGACAUGCCUUCCAGGAACUACACCCCCUACACUAGAGUCCUGGAGUUAGCCAGGAAGAAAACGCUGACCUAGACGCCAAAAUAAGGACAGUUGUUACAAAUGGACAAAGACUCUGAACUCUGAGUCUUGAA